AUGCUAAAAUUUCGACCUCAACAAUUCGCCCGUUUUUCCUCUGCUUCGUCGAACAAGUUCGUUGACGGCUUUAUUGGCGCGAUUGGAAACACACCUCUGCUGCGUCUGAAAACGCUCAGUAAGGAAACGGGUUCGGACAUUCUCGCGAAGGCCGAAUUCAUGAAUCCCGGUGGUUCUGUAAAAGACCGAGCCGCACUGUACGUGGUCAAAGAAGCGGAAGAGAAAGGCUUAAUCACAACUGGUGGUACGGUGGUAGAGGGCACUGCGGGUAACACGGGAAUCGGUCUUGCCCAUGUAUGCAGGGCCAAAGGAUACAAUUGCGUAAUUUACAUGCCCAACACUCAAAGUCAAGAAAAAAUAGACCUCCUUCGAAUGCUCGGAGCCGAAGUUCACCCAGUUCCAGCCGUCCCUUUUGAGGAUCCGCAAAACUACAACCACCAGGCUCGUCGUCACGCUGAAACUAUUCCGAAUGCCGUGUGGACCAACCAAUUUGAUAAUAUCGCCAACCGACGCGCGCACAUUGAGACCACGGGUCCCGAAAUCUGGGAACAAACCGGUGGUCAGGUGGACGGAUUUACGUGUUCCACCGGAACUGGGGGGACUUUUGCGGGAGUGACACGAUAUUUGAAAGGUCAAAAUCCAAAUAUAAAGUCAUUCAUCGCCGAUCCGCCCGGUUCGGUGUUAUACCAUUAUGUCAAGAGUGGUGGAAAACUGCUGGAACGCUCGGGAAGUUCCAUCACCGAAGGGAUAGGACAAGGUCGCGUCACCGAGAACCUUAAGAACGAAAUACCCUUGAUAGACGAUGCUCUGAAUAUUCCAGACGAGAAAUCUAUCGAGAUGGUCUACAGGUUGUUGGAUGAAGAAGGUCUCUACAUGGGAGCAUCAACAGCGCUAAACGUUGUCGCUGCCGUUGAAAUGGCACACAUACUGGGACCAGGAAAGAAAAUUGUGACUAUCCUUUGCGACGGAGCUUAUAGAUAUCAAUCUCGGCUCUUCA